AUGAGCCACGAUCCAAUACACGAUUUCCUUGAUAUGGCCUUCAGCAGAAUCGGCGGAGACAAGAAGGCAUAUGAACGAUACAAAAGGAAUAAGCAGCGACAGAGAGAUGCAGCGAACACACAAAGAGCUGAUGGUCCAUCAACUGCUGGCCCCUCGAUACAGGUUGGAAUGGCUGGAGGACCGUACCCCCAACGAGGUGCUGGAGGAUACUUAGGCGGUCAUCCCGAUGCUCUGAGAUACGGUUCCCAACCCCAUUUGCCACUGCUAGCAACGCCGCGUGGCCAGACACCUUUCCAAGCACAGAGGCGCAGAGCGCAGACUAUCGCGGGUUUAGGAAUACCUCGACGGCCAUCUCCACAUACAUUCCAAACCAUGCCUGUUAUGCAGCGGAGGGGCACUCUUGGUCAUCGUGGUUCGAAUGGUUCCCUCAACUCCUAUGGCUCUCGCGACUCCUUUAGUGGCUUGAUUCCUGCAGCUCGGGGACCUCAGCCUGGCCCUGCAAUGCCUGUAGCAGCACCAGGCAACGCAGCUCCUAGAGCGCGCACUACACAGUACCGUUUAGGAGAUAUGACGAGAACCUAUUUGGAAGGGAUGGUGCCUACUGCUGAAGAGGCUGAUAGAUUGGCGCAGCAAAAUAGGGGGCCGCCGAGGGGCACAAGAUGGAAUCAAUAG